AUGACUCGCGGCGCCGAAGAACUCCCUUCCCAUGCCUCGCCUCUGAUCUCUCCCGCCCCACGACCUUCGGCACCCCAUCUGAGCCAUUGGGCUGAUCUCAAUGAUGAACCCCCUGCUUCAUCAGGUCCACCGAAUAACUUAAUAUCUCCUGCUUUCACUCCACCCGCAACCCCAGGGGCAGGAACGCCUUCCCGCCAUCUCCAUGUCGAACCGAAAUCUGUGCCUGUGGACACGUCCCUCGAUGACCCCUCUACCAAGCAACCUCGACUCCUGGAGAGAUUACCCAAAGUAGAGUGUCUGGUUCGGGCGCGUAUUCCGACCACGUCGGGGGCAGAAAUGUUUCUGCAUUUAUAUCAAAAUGAUUUUGACAACAAGGAACAUCUGGCCAUUGUCUUCGGCCACAAUAUUCGGAGCCGAAGUCUUGACGCCGAAAGACCGGGUGAAACAGAAAUGGAUCGUAUGAUCAGGGGAGCGUAUGUUGGCAGAUUAAAGCCGGGUCGGGUGAGUUCCAGGAUUGACCCAGACCAAAACAAAAAUUCGUCAAACCGAGGAGCGAGAAGCGGCUCUGCUUUGAAGAACGUUACCACAGUCCCAGCGGAGGCCGUUUUCGAAACUCCAUCCGCCACACCUGUUCAACCUCCCAGCGCAACCAACAAUGAGGACUUGGAUCAAACACAAAACCCCGUUCCUGGAAUUGCGACUCCUUUAGGAAGUGUCCAGCUCAGCUCUGUUGGCAAGCCUCCGCUUGUGCGAAUACAUUCUGAAUGUUACACUGGCGAAACCGCAUGGUCAGCUCGUUGCGAUUGUGGUGAGCAAUUGGAUGAAGCGGCGAGAUUGAUGUCCUUACCCAACUCUACGGGAGGGGUCAUUGUCUAUCUUCGACAAGAAGGACGAGGCAUUGGUCUCGCAUCGAAGCUUAAAGCUUACAAUCUACAGGACCUGGGAAAUGACACUGUUGAGGCGAACCUCCUUCUUCGACAUCCGGCGGACGCUAGGAGUUACGGUUUGGCGACUGCCAUUCUACAGGAUCUUGGUUUGGGCACCGACAGCGAUGCAAACAAACCGCCUGCAGAGAGAGGUAUCAGACUUUUGACGAAUAACCCAGACAAAGUAAGAGCUGUUGAAGGACCCGGCAAAGAGGUCCGGGUGCGUGAACGGGUCGCUAUGAUCCCCAUUGCCUGGCGGACGUCAGGUGCGAAAGGUAUCCGAGGCGCCGAGAUUGAAAAGUAUCUGGAAACGAAGAUCGGUCGUAUGGGACACAGGAUUCAUGAGGAAUAA